CAGGAUUCCAACGAGUUUUCGAAGCGACAGCAUGACCGAUGCUCCUCAGACCCCCACGGACACGCAUGCGUACACCAAGGCAGACUCAUCCACGAAUGCCACCAUCUCGCCAUUCAAGCGAGAACCUUCCCCAGAUUUUGAGCCUGACAACACAACCCCGCACAACACUGCUAAACCUCAGGAAUGUCCACCGCCAGGCGCCGCCACUUGUGUCCGCAGAUUUGGUCGGUGGUACGUGGGCGACAAAGGAACAACGGGCAAACGGUACUGCGGCGCGCGGAUAUCCCGUGGUCCGUUUAUCUGGUUGCAUGUGGUUGGAGUGUUUGUUGUCGUGGCGUUGAUCGUGAUCCCGAUUUUCACCGCUGUGGUCGUGCCCAAGAUGAUCCAGGCCAAGUUCGACGAAGCCAUUCGUCUCAACCCGUUCAACGAGGUCAAUCGAAGUGCGCCGUCGUCGAUUCCGCCGACAUCACCAUCAUCAGCUUCGUCGUCGAUGCCUUCGAGCUUUGAGGUGUUGCCAGACGGCAGCGCUGCCGACUUUCGAUUCAACCUGACAUUGGGACCUCUCAUGAGCAUUGGCGGCACGGUGGAGCUGGUAGGCCCCACGACGUUUUACAUUGCCGACACGGACGAACACGAGUGGGCUGCAGUCACCAUCUUGCACUCGGUGUCGUUCCCAGUGUCGUCGGCCACCCACUUGUCCAUUCUGGGCAACUUUAGUGUCUUUGACACCCCCAGUCAAGCGUGCAUCGACGCCAUCUUUCCCACAAAGACCAUCGCGUUGGUCAUUCACACACAGUGGACGAUUUCGUUUUGGGGAUUCAACUGGUACCGCAACCUGCCCCUACAUUCUCGCUACGACAUGCCGCUGUCGACCACGCUACAGGAACAGUUUGACCAUGUCAUGCAGCAGCAUCCGUUUGCUUCUUCGUCGUCCCCCAAAGGCACGUCAUCUUUACCGCCAUCCCCAUCGUUGAAUAAUCAGAGCGUGGCGGGUGAGUCCACGACUGCGACGACGUUCGAGUACUUUUCAAAAGGCACUUUGCCGUGGAACUUUCGCAUCAACACGACGAUCGCCAACCUCACCGUCCUCCCGGGCAUCGUCGAGAUCGUAGGCCCGACUGUGUUUGCCAUCUCAGACGUGAAAGGCAAAGGCUGGGCCAACGUCACGUUUGACUCGGUGUUGUUCCCGCUCCACAAAACCACACGCUUGUCAGUGUAUGGGAACUUUAGCAUUUACAGCCUCCCCACGCCCUCGGUCGUCGCGGCCAUCGUCGCCACCAACCAGUUUGUCAUGGUUGUCCAUACUUGGUGGACCAUCAAAGCGUUUGGAAACGUGUGGUUCCCGAAGCUGCAGCUGCAGUCCCACUUCGACCUGAAUUCAGACACAGGCGCGCAGUUGUGGUCGUCGAUCAAAUGCAGGAUCUACACUUGUUAACAGACGUGGACGAUCUAGUUGUUGUUGUAGUACAGUAUGUGGGAGGCAUCGGAAACAUAUUAGGGAAAAUGAGGGAAGGAGAUGAACCCAUGGAAAU